UGCACACAGCGCUGGCAGCAGCACUUGGUCCCGCCUCGCACCUCCUUCCCUGACCGCAAUACCACCAACCUCACCCAGACACCCCGCCUCCCUCCAAAAUAACGUCCUACUGUCGUCACUCUCUUCAGCCCCAGCGUCCAGCAGUCCAGUCACGCAUCAUGUCGUCACCAGCGAGGAGAUCGACCCGCAGUUCUGCAGCCCGCAGUUCGCAGCCACGGAGCAGCCCCGCGCCGGGCCCCUCAAACUCGAAUGCCGCCGAGAGGACGCCCCGGCAGACACGAGCGUCGCAGCUGGCGUCCAGUCCGCUCUUCUACCAGUCUUCGUCUCCCACCCCCGGCGCCAACAGGGCCUCCUCUCCCCUGCGCCAGCAGACCGAGACCCAGAGCACUGGCGACCGCACGCCCCGCGCCAGCGGCGCGCUCAUCGGUGACUCGUCGCCGAUCCGCUACGACCCCAGCUCCAGCCCCGGCCACCAGCUCAGCCAGCAGCAGUCCGACCUCCGCAGCGACAGCAGCGCGCUCUUCGUGAGUUCACAGAGAUCCACAAAUUUCAGGUCCCACCGGGGAGACAUCAACCCCGAUGUCAUUCGCACCCCCCGCGUGCCGCGCCGCAUCAUCCUGGACGAUGCUGGCCGAGUUGUCCGUGACGGCUCCACGCUCGGGUCCGACGCCGCGUCGUUUGCGAACAACAACCCACCUACCUCGGAAGCGGACGCCCUCGGUGGCCGGAGCCAGAGCCUCGUGUGGGGCACCACCGUCUCGCUCGAGGACUCGUUUGCCUCAUUCAAGGACUUCCUCAGGAACUUCACCAGGAAAUACCGCCUAUGGGCCGAUGGCGCCACCGAGGCUGACACCAACGGGAAUCCCGAGGCGAAUUCGAAGCCGUACUGGGAGGCCAUGCAGAACAUGUUGCUCCUCGGCACCAACAAGCUGUACCUGGACCUCCGCGACCUCAAGGCGUACCCGCGCACCGUGAAGCUGUGGCACCAAUGCCAGGCAUACCCGACCGAAAUCAUCCCCGUCAUGGACCAGUGCGUCCACGACUGCAUGACCGAGCUUGCGCAGGCCGAGAUGGCAAGCCAGAGAGCCGCCUCGCACAAUGCCACCGGACCCAACGCUCCGCAGGCCUCGCAGAGCUCUGAGCUCGCGUUUCCGAGUUCCGACCGCGCCGAGGAGCCGUCGACUCCGCGGCCCCUACAGCGAGAGCAGUUGACCCUCGAGGACCAGGUGAUGAAGCAGCAGUAUAUCGUCCGUCCCUGGGGUCUCGACAAGUCCAUCAAUCUGCGGGAUCUAAACCCGUCCGACAUGGACAAGCUGAUUUCCAUCAAGGGUCUCGUCAUCCGGGCCACGCCUGUCAUUCCCGACAUGAAACAGGCCUUCUUCAAGUGCAGCGUCUGCGGACACUCGGUCACGGUCGACCUGGACCGCGGAAAGAUCCGCGAGCCGACCGAGUGCCCGCGCGCCCGCUGCAAGCAGAAGAACUCGAUGCAGAUUAUCCACAACCGCUGCGUGUUCGAAGACAAGCAGGUCAUCAAGCUGCAGGAGACCCCAGACGAGGUGCCCGCCGGCCAGACACCCCAUUCGGUUUCUGUCUGCGUCUACAACGAGCUGGUCGACUUCUGCAAGGCCGGUGACCGGGUCGAGCUCACGGGCAUCUACAAAGUCAUGCCGGUACGCGUCAACCCGCGCAUGAGGACGGUCAAGAGCGUGCACAAGACCUACGUCGAUGUCGUGCACGUGCAGAAGGUCGACAAGAAGCGCAUGGGCGCCGACCCGUCUACCCUCGAUCUCGCCGAGGAAGAGGAGGCGCACGUCAGCGGCCAGAACCUCGACGAGAUCAGGAAGGUUACGCCCGAGGAGGAGGAAAAGAUCAAGGCGACAGCCGCUCGCCCGGACGUCUACGAGCUACUCGCCCGCUCGCUCGCCCCUUCGAUCUACGAGAUGGACGACGUCAAGAAGGGCAUUCUCCUCCAGCUGUUCGGCGGCACGAACAAGACGUUUGAGAAGGGAGCCAGCCCCAAGUAUCGCGGGGACAUCAACAUCCUGCUCUGCGGCGACCCGUCCACGGCCAAGUCGCAGCUCGUGUCGUACGUGCACAGAAUUGCCCCUCGCGGUGUCUACACCAGCGGCAAGGGAUCCUCCGCCGUCGGCCUCACUGCCUACGUGACGCGCGACCCCGAGACACGGCAGCUGGUGCUUGAGUCCGGUGCGCUCGUCCUGUCCGACGGCGGCGUUUGCUGCAUCGACGAGUUCGACAAGAUGAACGACUCGACCCGGUCGGUCCUCCACGAGGUGAUGGAGCAGCAGACCGUGUCGGUGGCCAAGGCGGGUAUCAUCACGACGCUCAAUGCCAGGACAAGCAUCCUUGCGUCGGCCAACCCGAUCGGCAGCCGGUACAACCCGGAGCUCUCGGUUCCGCAGAACAUCGACCUGCCGCCUACCCUCCUGUCCCGUUUUGACCUGGUCUACCUCAUCCUCGACCGGGUCGACGAGAAGACGGACCAGCGGCUGGCGCGCCAUCUGCUGUCCAUGUACCUCGAAGACAAGCCGGAGUCCGCCCAGACCAACAACGACAUCUUGCCCAUCGAAUUCCUCACAUCCUACAUCUCGUACGCGCGCGCCAACAUCCACCCGACCAUCACGCCCGAGGCGGGCCGCGAGCUGGUCGACUCGUACGUCGAGAUGCGCAAGCUGGGCCAGGACGUGCGCGCGGCCGAGAAGCGCAUCACGGCCACGACGCGGCAGCUCGAGUCCAUGAUCCGGCUGUCCGAGGCGCACGCCAAGAUGCGCCUGUCGGCCACCGUCACGCCCGACGACGUCCGCGAGGCCGUGCGCCUGAUCAAGUCGGCGCUCAAGACCGCCGCCACCGACGCCCAGGGCCGCAUCGACAUGAGCCUGCUGACCGAGGGCACCAGCGCCGCCGAGCGCAAGCGCAAGGCCGACAUGAAGGACGCCGUCGUCCGCCUGCUCGACGAGCUGACCGCCGGCGGCCAGACCGUCCGGUUCGCCGAGGUCGCCCGCAAGCUGGCCGAGGGCGCCGGCGUGCCCGUCGAGCCCGGCGAGUUUGCCGAGGUCAUGCGCACGCUGGAGAUGGAGGGCGCGGUCAUGAUCAUCGGCGAGGGGCCGCGGAAGAGUGUGAGGAGGGUCACGGCGAGUGUGUAAUGAAUUUUAUUAUAGAGGGGUGAGGAUUUGGGGGGCUGGGUAUGUCAUGGGCUGGGCUGUUUUGACAGGGAUAGGGCAAGGCUUUCGCGUGUUUACAUCAGGGGCGUAGUCUAAUUUGAUUUCC